GCCCGCUGCGGGGCAGGGCACGUGCGGGUGGCGCCACGUGACGCCCGCCCCCUGGUGACCGUAGCCCCCAGCCCUGCGGCGGCUGAAGGAGUAGGAGGGGGAAAGCAGAGAGGGGUUUUUUUAAUGUCCUGUAUCCGGACAGACUAGGCCCGAGUCUGUGAGCUGAGCAGAGCUCGUUUGUUCUGCUUCCUUUAUAUAGAACCUAUUUGUGAAGAUUCAUCAUACUACAUGCAUCCUACAUCCUUUUAGGCAGAGGGAGCUUCUCUCAAGAGCUGAACAUGGCUAUGCUUUAUCAAGCCGUAUACAGAAGAGCUUCCUUUCUGUGGUGCAGGCUACACUCUACCUACGUUAGAAAAAUGCGAUACUUACUUGAGCUAAAGGAAGAUGAUGGCCUUUGUAGGCAAGCCCAGAACUCAGGAACUUUCUACCUCUUUCACAAUCUCUUCCCCUUCCUGCAAAAAGUUGGAAGCAAACAUUUGGCCCCACAGAUAAGUGCAUCAGAACUGAAGAGGAUUCUGAAGAAGUUCAAACAGAACAAACAAAAACUAGAGGAUUCAGUGCUGAUUGGCUGUUCAGAUGAAUGCAUGGCAUACUUUGCCCUGGAUUUAGGUUCCUUGGAAAAAAUGGACAUUGAAUCUGAACUCAAGGGAUCAUUUAUUGAGUUACGGAAAGCUUUCUUCCAGCUAGAUGGGAAGGAUGCCCCCUUGCUGUCCUUGGCUCAAGCUCUCCUUCGCUGGCAUGACACACACAAAUACUGCAGCAAAACUGGCCAGCCUACUCAGAAGAACCUUGCUGGCAGCAAGCGUGUUUGUCACACCAAUGGAAUAAUUUAUUAUCCACAGAUGUCCCCAGUAGUUAUCACUUUGGUGUCUGAUGGGAGCCGGUGUCUUCUUGCACGGCAGGCGUCGUUCCCUCAGGGGAUGUACAGUGCUCUGGCAGGCUUCUGUGAUGUUGGUGAGACACUGGAGGAGACUGUCCGCCGGGAGGUGGCAGAAGAAGUGGGAUUGGAGGUGGAGUCAAUGUGGUAUUCUGCUUCUCAGCACUGGCCUUUUCCCAACAGCUCGCUAAUGAUAGCUUGUCAUGCUACGGUGUGGCCACAGCAGAAUGAGAUCAGAGUGAACAAACUGGAGCUGGAAGCAGCCACUUGGUUCAGCCUUGAAGAGGUUGUGGAGGCACUCAGAAGGGAACCUAGGCCUCUGAAACAAGAAGAUGGCAGGUUCUCACUCUGGCUGCCUCCAAAGUGGGCCAUAGCCCACCAACUGAUUCAGGAAUGGGUUAAGCAACAGAGCACCAUGCCUGCUUAGGCACAGUCAGUCUACUGAGACUGAUUAUUUUACCAGGUUACAACCAUUGGGGAAGCGUUCUCAAUGGCAAUGGUGACCCAGUCAGUAUGACUUACAAACUCAGGUACACAAGAGGCACAGUUUUAAUGAUAAGUCCCAGGCACUCCAAUCGCAUGGAAGCAUUGAUUAAGACCUCAGCUCCCAGCAAAACUAAACAAAAAAGUCCAGAAAGCCUAUACAACCAAAUGUAUCCUAGAAACAGGAUAUACCCUUCUGGUACUGCAUUCCAUCUCCAUCCAGUCUCCCUCUGCUCUUGUCUUCAUAUACUAAGCUUCUUACUUCCUUGGGAUGCUUACCGUGUUUGAUCCACGAUCACAUAUACUCUGGCAACUAAAAAUUGUUGAGAGGCGCCACUUUCCAACUCAAGGCUGAAUAUGCUGCCCCUGUCAUACUUCCAUCACGGAAGUGAGAGAACAACGAUGGUUUGGUGAUAAAUAGGGAGUAAAACAAGGGUAAAUUUUUAACUUGAAUGAUGAGCAGAAAGGAACUGAUUGGACAAAGAGUCUGCACUUCUGUACCUCACUUCCUUGCUUUAUAUUUUGCUCUUUUUUAACCUGUCCCCACAGCCAGUUUGACCAUGGCAACACAAACAUCCAUAUGUGCCUAUCAUUUUCUGUUCCCUUCCCUGCCAACACCUCCACCCUCACACAAAUCUGCUCUAGCCAGGGUCAGUAAUUACAGAGCGGCGGAGCAGAGUAAUUCAAGGCAACACUAAUGAUAAGGACGAGAGAGGCCUGGAGACAGCUGCAAAUAAGAAAUUCAGCCCGCAAUUGCUGUAUAGGCCAGCUAUCAAAACCCAGAAAAAGUAAUAUAUAUGUAGUUUAUAUUGUGCAAUUUCUGUAUCCUUUUGGGAAUUCUACAUUUAGUGUACAGAACAGGAUGUGCAUCUCUUAGCUACCUUUCUUCAUAUUUUAUAACAAAUGUUCAGUAUAUAUUUGCAACAUAUGUUUAUGUCAAUCAGCAGUAGCCUAAUCUGGUGGAGAUUUAUGGCAAUGUCAGAAUUCACUGGAGGCUAGGCCUCUUGAAUUCAGAAAAAUUCUACUUAGCUGGUUAUUCAGUUCAAGCUGGGUUUCUUUGAUCAGUCCUUAUACUCUAUACAAUUUUGACUACCUGUUUUUCUUACUCUCUACCAGACAAAGGGGAAAAAGCUAAUUUCUUGUUUUCAAAAGCUUUAAAAAUGCCCAGAAUUAAAAACAAGUUAUUGAAAAAGCCGUUUUUCUUUUAAUUAUCAAUUAAUAACAAUUAAAAUAAAACUAAUCUGAUAUCUUGCCUGAUUUAGGAGUAUUGGAUGGAGAUUAUGAACAGUAUGGAAAGCGAGAGAGCACUGUGGCACACAGAGCAUGUACUCUCUCCAUCCAUUAUCAUUGUGGACAUUCAUCAUCAUCUGCAUUUUAGCAUGCAAGUGUAAGAGGAGCUGAGCAUGGGCACAUGUUUUCCCUGGGUGUCUCUGCUUGGAGGGCCACAGGAAAAGGUCCCAGAAAUCCUUCCAACUUGAAGUGAAAGUGCUAAGUCACUAACGAUGCAGUGUUGUCAGGUGCCUGCAGGGAUCUAAUCCUCGUAACAACAGAAGAGAUUAGGCAUGAUUACGUACAGGAUAGGUGAGCAAACUGGCUGGAUACCAUGGAAAGAGGUGGGGGCAAAAUGGCAAGAGGGAUGUGGCUUUUAUGUGAACCUGCAUCAAGGAUCUUGUUUAAUCCCAAUGACUGCUUAAAAAUGAGUCAAAAUACAGCACUGUCCCUACCAAAGUCACCUGGAAAAUAUGGACUGUUCUAUGACAGUUUCAGAAAAAUGAAGUGGGAUUACUUUUCCACAUAGAAGUCAUAUAACAAGAACAAUGGACUCCAGCAAGAUAGUGUUGCUUACUCUACAGUAAGAUGUAUUCUUACAGUAGAAGAUCAGAGACACGGAGCAGGUGUAAUUCAGCAUAACUCAAUUGACAUCAAGGCCAAUUUACACCAAUGGAGAAUCUGGCUAUCUAGCCAUGAACCAUUUCAUAAACUGUUGUAUGAAGUGUUGAGUCCUCUGCGUACUCAAGUCCUGGAAACCAGGUUACUGCAGCUCCAACCAGUGUCUGGCCAAUCGUUAGCAUUGUAUAAAUAAUAUUUUGAAAUGAGCAGAAUACAUGGCCGUGCUAGAGCAGUAAUGAGUAUUGAUUUAGUCCUUGCAGCAAGUGCAGAGAGUGCUUCAUUUCUAAUAAAAAAAAUCCAGUUUAUAUAGAUUUUCAGAUGGAAACUCACACUGCUCUGGAGGAGGUCAGGUUCAGGUCAACAUUCUGCACAUCAGCCAAAGGGAACUGGACACAGAGUUAAAUUUCUGUCCCCUUGGAGCCAAUAGAGGUUUAAAUUUAAUUGAAUCAUGGCGACCUGGGUACAAGAGCUCAGGAAAAUAUUAGCUGAAAUUGCUAUGUCCAGAGGGUAGGUGCUCAGGUUGUGACGCUGAACGUUCACUGUCACCUCAGACUGCUUGAUUGAUCUUUGGUAAGGUUCAGUUUUCCCAUUGGAAGCAGUAUGUAUCCACUAUGAAAGACAGAAUUUGAUCUGAGAUUGUAAUGGACUAAAGAGGGUAUUGUCAGCCAAAAAAUUACUUUACUAGGGCAGGCUCUAAGCCACGAUGAGCACACACUGGAUUUGCUGUGCACACCAAGAGGCUUUAAAAAUAUAUGUAAGAGCCCAGCAAAGUGCCCUGACAGUAAUGUAUGAUUAUAGAUUUAGACAUGCACAUCUUCAAGGUAGCUGUAAGCAGUUUGGAGCAGAGGGAGAAAUGGGCUAGUAUAGUGUUUGUUAUGGCCCAAGCCCCGUUUCUGUAGUAAUAUUUUUGUAAAACUAGAUUACAUCUCCAGUGAAAUCAGUGACGACCUCAGGCUGUAACUGAAUACUGCUUCAGUUUUCUGCUUAACAGCAAAUGGCUGUAGUUACUCAUCCUGUGGAAAAAAAAAAAAACAAAACUUCUAAAUAUCAGUCAUACAACAAAACAGCCACCUGGCAAUGCAAGGACUCCACCAAAACUACCUCUUUAAAACUGAGGGGUCCGUCUGUCACUGAGCACUUCAGACAUGAGCCACCAUGACAGGCCUAUCUUUCAUCAGUCAAUAAAUAUCAGCACCACAGCAAUUGACUGCUUUUACUUAGCUAUCUAUACCAAGAACAAAAUAAAGUAGUUAAAUCAAAUCAGCUUUUUGAUAGAGGAGAGAAAAAUCAAGGGAAUGGAGCAAGUAGUUCUUUUGAACGUAGUAGUAGCAGCAGUCCAUUUCUUGUGCUGCUGUAACAGCUCUCUUUGUUGCUUACAUAAUACAGUGGAAUGUGCUUGCGUAUAUAGGCAGUCCUCGGCUUACAACGUUUCGAGUUACAAUGUUUCGCACUUACAACAUUUAUAAAUUGACACCCUGUUUCAACUUUAUAACGCCAGUUUCAACUUGCACCACUUGAUCUGAUGCAAUACCAUGCCAGUGAGCAAGUUCACUGUGUCACUUAUCUCCCUGGAGAACACCUGUCCAAACUUCCUUGGACACUUUCUUUAAGAAAGCAGCCAAGACUCCAGAAAAACCUGCAGCCAAGACUCUAAGAAGACUCCAGCCAAGAACCGUUCAAAAAGUCCAGCAAAGUCACCUCAAAGAAGUCCUUCCAAAUCAAUAUGAUUGUUAUAAAUAUAUUAAUGUAACUAUAUUAUUCAUCUAUAAUUGAUCGAGUACAAAAUGCUAGGGUAUUUUUGGUGAAAAUAGGGUAUCGGGCCUUGGUUCAGGAACCAAUACCCAAUUUAUAACAUUGUUUCUUAUGAGAAAAUUGGUUCCAAGUUACAACAUAAUCAACUUAAGACAAGGUUUUUAGGAACCAAUUGUGUUGUAAGUCUGAGGACUGCCUAUAUAGUAUCUUCUUUCAUAAAACUAUCUCCUAGAGACACUUUACAUUUCUUAAAUUAUUAACUGUUAAAAUGAGAAGCAUAAAUACAAUAUAUCUUGUAGAGAGAGAGCUUUUAUAUUUUACAAUAUAUAACUUUACAUAUAUUUAAAGUUACAUACAUAGGAGAUUAGAAGACUAAGAAUUUGAGAUAAGAUUUCAAGCGAGAUGAAAAAUUAAUGAUACACAGUAAUGCAUUCCUGUAGACAGACACUGCAAAAGAGAAAGACCUCAGACUAGCUGUGGCCAGACUGCAAAGGGACAAAGAGGAGUCCAGUAGCAGAUGAGUGGAAGCACUAAGAGAAAUAGAAAGUGGGGCUGUGCGGAAUGCCUCUGUUUUGUUUCGGUUUCUGAUUUGGCAUUUCAACAGGACAGCGAUUCAUUUCGACGUUUUGAAUUGCCGUUUCAUUUUGUUUCAUCUGAAACAUUCAAGUUUUGACAUUGUUUGGACGCUGUUUCGGUGUUUUGACCGUAGGUUAUAAUGAGGAAUGACUAAAAUGCCUAUAACUUUGUCAUUUCUUGCCCGAUUCUGAUGAAAGUAGUAGGAAUGGCAGCCCCUUCUGGGGGCAUGAAACCUGCCAAGUUUCUGGGAAACUGCACUUAGUCACAGAGUAGGGUCCCUAGAGAUGGCCAUGGUCCCUAGGGCCCCGUGACCGUGACUGCUCUGCCCUGUGGGCACUUUCUCUUCUCACCUGCUGCCACGUCUUGUUGGAAAAAAUAACAGAUAAGGAGGCUGCCCUCGAGCUUCAGUUCAGUCAUGGUCCUAAUGGACUGUACUAAACCCUGUAGGUUCUUGGACCCCUUGCUGGGACCCACUCUAAGUAGGUGCCUCAAGGGGAUACCCUAAGCCUUAUGGGCUAAUUGCGUGGCUCCAACCAUCCCUUACCACACCCUAUGCCUUGCAGGUAGUAUAUUGAUAUUGUCCCUGUAAUGAGGUCUUGAUCUUACUCCACCUUCUAUUGUUGCUGGGCUCUCUAUGCCCCUGUCGCUGUGCCCUCACUGGCACUGGGGCCUCUACACAACACGGUAGUGUUCCCCAAUGAGGUCUCCUCUUCCCCUACAGCCUCAGUCCAGUCCACCACUUUAAAUGACAACAGGUAAGCAGCACAGUAGCACUAGCAUCUCAGCAGCCAAACUGUCACAGAGCCUCUUUUCUUUCCUGCAGGAGCUUCUUCUCCAGCAACUGCCAGAGAACUCCCCCUGCCAGCCCCAGUCCUGGGGCUUAGAUGUGACCAGAGCCCUGCCUCCUUCCAAUCAGCUGACCAGGGACAGGUGCUAGGGGUAUAGGUUGUACCCAUGUUGAUCUAAGGACAUGGCAGACAAAGUUCUUUGGGUCAAUCUGAUAUCUUUUAGUAGACUAACUGAAUAGUUGGAGAAAUAUAGAAUAGCAAACUUUUGGGUUGAAAACCCUUCAUUGGGCUGAGGAAGCACCUGCAGUUGGUGUGCGCUCUCUUCCUGGAUGGAAGGAAUAGUAAAGAAACCAAAGGGUGGCAACAGCUUAGGCACUCACAGGCUUAUAUACUGUUUUUAAACUUUUUAGGUCCCUCCCCCAGAUCACUAGGAUUGGAAGGGACCUCAGAGAGAGUUGUGGCAGAUGCUGGCCAGCUACAGACAUCAGUCUGUUCCCCCCUCCUCCCUCUUAUUUUCUUUCCCUGCCAGCCCAGCUUCAAAACACCUUUGAAAUGCUGAAAUGUGUUGAAAUGUUUGAAAUGAAACAAGGUGAAACUUUUCAAAGAUGUCUCCCGUUUUAUUUCAGAUUCAGAUUUUUGGGCGUCAAAACACUGCCAAAAUGAAACUGUGGUUGAAAUUUCGCACAGCCCUAAGAGAAAGACCACAUGCAUGAUGUAGGCUGAAAACACACGUAUAGAGGGUGUUACAUACAGAGCCAUUUUGAACAGAAUCUUUUCAAGAAAAAGGAGGAGGAUGGGUGGGGUGAUGUGGUCAGUCUAGUAGGUAUAAUUGAGUAUAUGGAUAACAGCUACCUAUGCAUCCUAAAAUCUGUCACUGAAGUGUUGUUCACUUGAUAGCAGAAACAAGGCAACAAAGAGUUGAAAAGACUCUGGGAAAUCAUUGAAUCCAAAUACCUACAGUCACAAGAGCUUUGAAUAUGGGUCUGAUAAAUAAAGCUGCUCCGAGUAUACACGACGGAGAAAGGAUUAUCUCAGCUGUCAUGAAUGAAGUUGAACAGAAACAGACGUUAAAAAUAAAUCAAAGAACGGGAACGGUAAGAAAUACACAUGGAAAGGUUAAAAAAAAGGGGCAAAGGAAUAGGAUUUGGAGACUCAGGAGACCUCUGGGGUCUUUGGCAAAUCACUUCUCCCCUUCCCUCAGUUUUCUUUUGGCAUUUUUUGUAAAGGAGUUUGAUAUUUACAAAGAAAAAGUACUACACAAGAUCAUGGUAAUAUCAUCAUCAGAGAGGUGCACCCUUUAUUUAUAAUGGGGAAUAGCACUGAAAUUAGUCAUUUCUCCCUGGUGGAAAAAACGUAUUAGUAGAUUUAUUUUCUUACUUAACCUAUUGAUUAAUCACAGGACAGAGGCUACAAAUUCUCACAUAGUCAUUUCUGCAUCAGAUGGUAACUUGUUUUAUAUAGAGUGCAACUUUUUGAAAGAUACUCAUUACUUCAACUCUUUAGGCUAAGAAUGAGUCAGUCAUGCCUGCAGGUAAAUUUGUGUUAGAAAAGCAGGACUGGAAGGGACCACUGGAGGCAUCUGGUCCUAUCCCUGACAAAAGUUACAUAUUGUAAAAUAUAAAAGAUCUCUUACCAAGAUACAAGAUAUAUUGUAUUUAUGAGAAUCUUAGACUACUUCAAAUGUAAAGCUAUUUCCUCAAUAAUUAAAUUAUUACAAAAUUUA